GUGGUCUCUCUCCGCGCCGAGCCGGGCCGCACCGCCGCCUCCUUCCGAGCCGCUCCCAGCGUGCUGCGGCUGCGCGUCGCUCGGAACGGCCCCGGGCCGGGUGAGCGAGCGGCCAGAGGGCGGCCGCACCGUCGGUACUCGGAGAAUUUUCCCUCUCCGUUGCCCUCGCUUGAAGAUACUGCACUUUCUGGCUUCAACUCCAGCAGUAGCCGGCCCUUCCCCUGGGAGCUGUGUGCCAGUCCAGCCUGUUCCCUUGCCAAGGGAUAUUAAUGCAAGCUGCGGAUCUCUCUGGAGCGUGGCGUUUGGGCGACUUUCCCUGCGGCUUCCUCUUAGGAAACACAGCUGUCCGUCAUUGAGAGGCAGGAUGGUCCACGCUGAAACUUUUUCACGCCCCCUGAGCCGGAAUGAAGUGGUCGGAUUGAUUUUCCGUUUGACAAUAUUUGGUGCUGUAACAUACUUCACCAUUAAGUGGAUGGUUGAUGCCAUCGACCCCACCAGAAAGCAAAAAGUAGAAGCUCAGAAACAGGCUGAAAAGCUUAUGAAGCAAAUUGGAGUGAAAAAUGUCAAGCUUUCUGAAUAUGAAAUGAGUAUUGCUGCACAUCUCGUCGACCCACUAAGCAUGCAUGUAACUUGGAAUGAUAUUGCAGGCUUAGAUGAUGUCAUUACAGAUUUGAAAGACACUGUCAUCUUGCCCAUCAAGAAGAAAUACUUGUUUGAGAACUCCAGGCUCUUACAGCCACCAAAAGGAGUACUUCUCUAUGGCCCUCCUGGUUGUGGCAAAACCUUGAUCGCCAAAGCUACGGCAAAGGAAGCAGGUUGUCGAUUUAUUAACCUCCAGCCUUCAACACUGACUGACAAAUGGUAUGGAGAGUCUCAGAAACUUGCUGCUGCUGUCUUCUCCCUUGCUAUCAAGCUCCAGCCGUCCAUCAUUUUUAUCGACGAAAUAGAUUCCUUCUUGCGAAGUCGUUCGAGCUCUGACCAUGAAGCAACAGCUAUGAUGAAAGCUCAGUUCAUGAGUCUGUGGGAUGGCCUGGACACAGAUUACAAUUGCCAGGUCAUUGUGAUGGGAGCCACCAACCGUCCUCAGGACCUUGACUCUGCAAUCAUGAGAAGGAUGCCGACCCGCUUUCAUAUCAAUCAACCCGCUCUGAAGCAAAGAGAAGCAAUCUUGAAACUAAUUCUGAAAAAUGAAAAUGUGGACAGACAUGUAGAUCUCCUCCAGGUUGCCAAAGAGACUGAUGGAUUCUCAGGAAGCGAUCUGAAAGAAAUGUGCCGGGAUGCAGCGCUCCUCUGCGUCAGGGAAUAUGUUAAUUCUGCCUGCGAAGAAGAGAACCGUGAUGAAGAUGAAAUUCGGCCUGUGCAGCAGCAGGAUCUCCUCAGGGCAAUUGAGAAGAUGAGGAAAUCAAAGAAGGCCACGCUUCACGAUGACCUGAUGCAUGUCAUUAUAGAUUAAGGCUAAGGAGUGCGCUUGCUGUUUCUGAUGUGAUUUAUAUUCUGUAAUCAGUUAGCGAAAGCAAUGGAAGGGGCUGGGAGUGGGGACACUCCUUGAACGAGGGAGUUCUGUUUCUGGAAUUGUUUUUAUACAGCAAAUGCUAAGUUAUUGAAAUUUUUGUCAUGCACAACUAGAAAUGUAACAGUAGAUCACGAAGUGGAACAAUUACAGCUCUGACCAAGAGCAACUGCCUGUGUCUUGUCCCUUAUGGAUGCACUGCGUAGCCUUAAAGCAGGUUCUGGUGUGGUGCGAGGGCAGCGGCCGCCUGCUGCCAGCUGUGUGCGUACAUACAGGUGUGUGUAUGCAUUACGUAUAUAUAUCCACGCGUUGUUUUUAUAUGUAGGCAUAAUAUGUAGAUAACUUGAGUAUGGGAAAUGUUUUCUACUUCCUGAAUGAAACCAAAUCAGAAGAUGUAUAGAUUCAUCGAUACUCAGCUCACACUUACUUCUUCCUUUGAGCAGCAAAUAGAAAUUCUGCUUCUAGAAUAACUUUGAGGGAAAAUUGAAAAUGUUACUGAUACUUUUUUUUUUUUUUUUUUUUUCACAUCACCACUUGAAAUCUGGUGCCAUUGAGUAAAGAUAGUAACUACUGUAAAAA